UCCUGCUAUUCUGUUCCUUCUUGAAACUGCGGUAACAGUUGGAGCUUGUUCUAUUCAGUUCUUGAAUACUUAUUUGCUUUUUACCUUUUAUGUUUAAGAAGGGUUUAAAUCUGCGAAUCAUGUUUGCACACGUGCUUCAAUUCUUUGCAGUUAGUUCCUGUUACCUUGUGAUUACAAUCUUGAGUUUAUUCGCAGUCUCUAGAAGUAUGAAUUGGUAAUUAUCAGUGUACAAUUCACAUCAUGAUUCCGGUGUUCAGCUAUAAUUUUGUUUACUAAGAUGCAUAAACCUGCUUGAUAUUCACAAUUUAAGGACCUCACUGAUUCACUAAUUGAUGAUUUAUAGUAAUAAUUUUCUGUUGGCUUGCAAAUUUGUAGAGGACAAAUUCUCGCUAGUCAGCGACCUGGGAAAAUAAGAAGCCCCAGUUAUUUGAAUGACUGAACAAGAACAGGAAAAUUAUAUCUUCACUGGUUUCCUUCACAAGUUUGAAUCGGAUAGGCUCUUACAUAUGUUCAAAGAUCCAUUUUAACGUACUGAAGUGGAUCAUCCUAGGGGUAAUGCACACAGCCACACCUCAAUAAUGAGUCAGUUUGGCAAUGGAGAAGUUCCUUGGUAUCUUUCAUCGAGUAUUAAUGUAGUACCAGCACUCUCUGAAGCCACAGUUGCUAAGUUUCCAGAGUAUAGGGCAUUUUACAUUGAAAAGGGUAUGUAUGGUAGUUCUGCCACCUCAUGCAAUCCCUUUUGGGCUGGAAAUGGUGGCCUCCAGUCAACAUCCAACUUCACUUCAGAUCUGUGUAUCAACAACGGGUUACCUAACCGGAAGCUGUCAUCUGAAUCACAUAUCACUGCAAUAAAUUGUUGUGAUACUUCACUGCCAUCAGCACAUUCAGCAUACAAGGGUAAUCCAGGUUAUCUAAGGACGCUCUAUCCCAGAGUAUCUGAAGAUAUCAGCUGGGCUGAAGAACCACUCCCGGGAGUAUUUGAAUAUCCAGCGAGCAUUGAUGUUUCUGAUCAACAAAACGUGAUUGUGAUCCAGCAAAACCAAGACAUCAGUACAGUCGAUCAUGAUACCCACCUUGCAAAUCAAAAAGAGUGGUUCCCGCCUGGGAGUUCAGGGCAAUUUCUUGAAAAUUCAGGAUAUGGUGGAUCUGUGCUUAAGGCAGUUGAUGCGACAAGUACAACACCUUCAAGUUAUGCAUAUUUUCAUGGGCAGAACAAUGUAUCAAGUCCUUUCAACGGGGAUGAACUUUGCAUUGACAAUUCCCCUUCUUCAGACACUGCUCCAACCAAGUCAAGGAUGCGCUGGACGCCUGAGCUCCAUGAGCGGUUUGUUGACGCUGUUAACAAACUUGGUGGAAGUGAAAAAGCAACUCCAAAGGCUGUCCAGAAAGUUAUGAAGGUUGAAGGGUUAACUAUAUACCAUGUAAAAAGCCAUCUACAGAAGUAUCGUACAAUUCGUCAUCAAUCUGAAUCAUCUGAUGCAGGAACUUCGACAGAGAGAAGCAGCCAAAUGGAUGAAGUUUGCUCUCAAAACUUGAAUUUGUGCAGGGCCUUGGAGGCUAGUGAAGGGCUAAGAACUCAGAUUGGCUUGCAGAAGCAACUUCAUGAACAGCUUGAGAUCCAGAGAAAGCUGCAGCUGCAAGUAGAAGAACACAGCAAGUACCUCGAGAGGGUAAUUGCGAAGCAGGGCGAGAGCCUAAAACUGCUCGGCGCACUGCCGAGGUUUCAGCACGCAAGCACGCCGGCUGUGGAUCAUAAAGAAGCGUACAGAGAACAAACAGCAGGCACCGAUUCAGUGGAAGAGCGCCAUUCGGAAAAGGAAUGAUCACUGUUCAUUUGGUCGGAAUCACAAACAAAAAAGACUCGAGACAUGUCAACUGGCUGCAGAAGGCGAGAUGGAGCGCCAAUUAGAUUGAGAUGAGAGCGGCUCAUUGGCCACAAUAAAUAUAAAAAUGUGAGGGUCAGAGCCAAAUCUCAUUGGCUUAUGGAUUUCUCUCUUUGGGUGAUCUUUUUCAGGCACGGUGUAUCGUGAGCUGACUUUGCUAGACACAAUUUUUUAUUGGAAGGCAGAAUAUUUCUUUCGUUGUAACAGUGAUCAUGUUGUAGUUUAUGAUUUGUCGAUGCCAGUGCCUCCACAUGGGCUGGCUUGUUUCCACUUUGAUGAUGUUCGCUUAUUUUGCAUCUCGGGCCAUUCAUCUUCCUGUUAAACCCUGCAAGU